GGGAACGUUUUUCAAUCCUUUGGAAACUAAAAUUACUCUAAAUCCACCGUAACACCAACCAGGAAUUCUCUCUCUAAACUUCCAACCUUCUGAUCCGCAGGAGGGAAAUUGCUCGGCUGUAAGAAGCUCUCACCCUUCAUACUCCGAUUUGGAAUUCUCGAUCGAGUAUUUUCGAGAAACGCAUUGGAUUUGUUGGUGUUGUACUGGACGCCGUGGAUUGGAGGGAAAUCUUGAGGGUUUUUUGGUUUUUUUUUUUGGUUUUUGUGAAGUCGUCUUGAUCUCAAUCUGGAAGUCAUUGUCGGUAGGGGAUUGGUUGAUGCGAGUUUAGAUUUCAUGGUGGCGCUUGACCGCCAUGGAUGGUGGGGAGGCUGUGCUAGGGUUGUUGUUUUUGUUGUUGUUGAGUUGUCGUGGCCAACGAUUACUAUCUGAAGGAAGCUGCAUAGAGGAUGAUGCAGCUUCACUUCUCGCCUAGCAUGAGAAGCAUCACGAUCUCGACCAAUAAUGGCUUUAUUGAUUUCAUGAAGAUCAAGGUUGCAGCUCGCCAUAUCUCUUACCGAACCAUUUUCCACACCUUCCUCCUCCUCGCAUUUCUCUUGCCUUUUGUCUUUAUCCUCACAGCCGUCGUUACCCUCGAAGGCGUCAAUAAGUGCUCCUCGUUUGAUUGUUUAGGCAGGCGGUUAGGACCACGGCUUCUUGGUAGGGUUGACGGUUCAGGGAAACUUGUCAGUGACUUUUACAAGAUUCUCAAUCAAGUUAAAACUGAAGAAAUACCCGAUGGGCUAAAGCUGCCAGAUUCUUUCACUGAAUUAAUUUCAGAAAUGCAGAGUAACCAAUAUGAUACAAAGACCUUUGCUAUAAUGUUAAAGGCAAUGAUGGAGAAAUUUGAAAAGGACAUUAGAGAAUCUAAGUUUGCAGAGUUGAUGCACAAGCACUUUGCUGCUAGUUCCAUUCCAAAAGGCAUCCACUGCCUAUCUCUUCGUUUAACCGAUGAAUAUUCGUCCAAUGCUCAUGCACGCAAACAAUUGCCUUCUCCAGAGUUACUUCCUUUACUCUCGGAUAACUCAUACCAUCAUUUUAUUUUGUCAACCGACAACAUUUUGGCUGCUUCUGUUGUUGUCAAUUCUGCUGUGCGGUCUUCUCUCAGACCUGAAAAGAUAGUAUUUCAUGUCAUUACUGACAAGAAAACUUAUUCUGGUAUGCACUCAUGGUUUGCGCUAAAUUCUAUUGCACCUGCAAUUGUUGAAGUUAAAGGCGUGCAUCAGUUUGAUUGGUUAACAAGAGAAAACAUCCCAGUGCUUGAAGCUGUAGAAAACCAGAAUGGGAUAAGAAGUUACUACCAUGGAAACCACAUUGUUGGUGCGAAUCUCAGUGAUACAACUCCACGGAUAUUUGCUUCAAAAUUGCAGGCUAGAAGUCCAAAAUAUAUAUCCUUACUAAACCAUCUUCGCAUUUAUUUACCAGAGCUCUUUCCAAACCUGGACAAAGUGGUCUUCUUAGAUGAUGAUGUUGUGGUUCAGCGUGAUUUGUCUCCCCUAUGGGAUAUUGACCUUGAAGGAAAGGUAAAUGGAGCUGUGGAAACUUGUAAUGGUGAUGAUGAGUGGGUAAUGUCAAAGCGGUUCCGCAACUACUUUAAUUUCUCCCAUCCAAUUAUAGAAAGGCAUUUAAAUCCUGAUGAAUGUGCCUGGGCCUAUGGGAUGAAUGUCUUUGAUCUUCAUGCUUGGAGGAGGACAAAUAUUAGGGAACUUUACCACUCAUGGCUGAGAAAGAAUCUGAGGUCAAACCUGACAAUGUGGAAGCUGGGUACCCUACCCCCUGCUUUGAUUGCUUUUAGAGGUCAAGUUCAUCCAAUUGAUCCUUCAUGGCACAUGCUUGGCUUGGGCUAUCAGGAACGGACGGAUGUCGAAAAUGUGAAGAAUGCAGCAGUUAUCCACUACAAUGGGCAACUGAAGCCAUGGUUGGAAAUCGGCUUCGAGCAUCUCCGUCCCUUCUGGACCAAGUAUGUCAAUUACUCCAAUGAUUUUAUAAGAAACUGUCACAUUGUGGAAUCAUAGACAAUUGUCAUAGAACUAACAUCAGAAAGGAGAUAAAAAAAAACCAAAAAAAAAAAAAAGGUGAUGAAAGAAAGAUUUGGAGGGGGUCUGAACAAAACAUUUUAAAAGCUCAGCAGAAGAAGGCAAGCUUAAUCAAAUUGGUUGGACAGAUGAGAAACAUUCUCCUUGUUCAGAACUUGCCACCAAUUGUUUUUACUACUAUGGAGCGGUAACGAUGAUGGGCACUCGUCUCACAUCAGAUUCAUUCUUUCAGUUUGUAGCAAUAGAAAUUCUUCCUUUUUUUGUUUUUAAAUAUUUUUUGGAUUGCAAAAAGGGUACUGUUGUUCGAUGUUCCUGCAGGGGUUUGAGUUUAAUUCUCCUGGUUAUUACAACUAAGUGCAAUAGAGAAGAGGAUAUGAAAUAGGGUAUUGAUUGAUGCCAUUAGGUGCACAGAAGGCCUAGGACAGACAGCCCUACAGACAACAUUUUUCCUGCCAGUUGCUUUUAAUUUCUGCCGUUCAUCUGAGAUUAUUACCCCAUGAUAUAGCCAUUUUUUAGAAGUAGGUUUAUGGACAAUAUUUGCUCCUACGAGUCCCAUUCAAUUGGGUUUUUCUUUUCCCCUUUCUUCUUUUUAGGUUCAUAUCUCUAUUCGUUUUGUAAUAUUCACGAUAUACAUUCCAAAAUAUGUGCAGAAAAUUCAUUUUUCCCCUCUU